AUGGCCCGGGCUAUGUCUCCCCCCACAAACCUCUUCCAUGAAGAAGAGGACAUGGGUGCCACCGAGCGCACACGGGCCCUGCACUCCACGCGGAGGCUGAGCAUGCACCCCAACAUCCUUGACCUCCUGACAUUGUAUUUCAGCUCUGAUGAGUUGGAGCCGGACUACCGGCACACGAUUUCAGAUAACCUGAAAAUAGGUUUUGGGGUCUCAGAUCAUGCUACUCAAACAGAUACAAGUGAAAUAGGAGAUAUAAAGGUCUUUAUAGAAACAACAAGAACUUUAUUACAGUUCACAGACACACUCUACAAUGAUUUUGCUAUGUACCGAAAGAUCCUUAAAGCGCAGUAUGAGGAAAAAAUACAGGAAGAGGCAACCAAGCUCUGGCAAGCCAUAAAUGACAGGCUAAAAUACAUUGAUGACUUUUACAAGCAGAAAGAGGUGAAACUGCGAUAUAGCUACCAGCAACAACUAUGUGAUGCACUUGCAAUUCUCCAAACAAACUAUAACAAAUAUUUCUUACUUGACCCAUCUGAAGAAGGUGGAGAAACCUUACUUUCAAAAAUACAGAGACUGAGGGGCAAGCUUGAGGAGCAGGCUGCUACAAUUGAAAAUUUGGAGGCAGAGGUAACGAGGCUUAAACAAAUAUCCCCUGAAAAGAUCGUACAUGAUUUAAUGAUUGAAAAAGAUUUGCUUCAGCAAGCAAACUUGGAGUUGAAAGGAGAAAAUGCUCACCUGCUUGACAAGCUUAAACGCCUUCAAGAUGUUAUAAAACUCAAAGCAAAAGAAAUGACUAAUUUAGAGGCUGAAAUAAAACUUAUGCAGGACAAAAGGCAAAACGAUAUGAAGACAAUUGAGAAGCUUCAGAACUCUCAAGAAAUCAUAAAACUGGAACUUGACAGGGAGAAGCAGAGAGUUCUAGCUAAAGCUCUGGCGCCCUCAGUGCAAGAAGGAAAGCUAGCAAAGAAGGGAAGGAAAGGACUGAAAGGGAAAGUAGUAAAAGCUGCUGCUGUCUUUGCUGCUGUUGCCACUGCCACCGCCACCAAAGAGGUCAGACAAGCUGCCGCAAAAGAAGCAGAAUUGUUGGAAGAUGAGAAAAAAGCUUUACAAGAAGAGAUAAAGAGGCUUAGAAAAUCUGAACGAGAUGCCAAGCUGCGCGUAAAAAGACUUGAACAGGAGUUGAGUAAAUCAAGUCGAUCUUGGGAAAUGAAGUUCGAAAUUCUAAAGAAAAGCCUACAUGCCAUUAAGGAUGAGAUGUUUCUUAGACAAUCAUUGCGUCAAUCAGCAAAAUUUAGACGCCCUUCGCUGGCUGAUAAGACAGCUUCUCCUCUGCACAUCCAGCACCCUACAGGCAAAUUGGCUUCAUUUUCGAGCACCUUGUAUAUGCAGUAUGCUCCUCUGCCCAAGAUAGGUUCUCAGCCAGAUUCAGGUUCAAAUGAAGACGAAGAAGGCAUGGAUACUGAGAAAAUGCCAGUUCUAAUUAAAAUCCCUAGCGCUUUUGAACCUGGUCUCUAUAUGUAG